CACGCGGGCUACAUCACAUCCGGCUUCAGUCACGUGGUCCCCGUUGGACUCUGCUGAUGCCCCGGUGGGGAUUCUGGACUCGUGAGCGUUGAGGUAAUGUGGAAAGGUCAGUUACUGCCGGCUGGUGGCAUGUGGGACGGAGUUUUGAUCGCGAUCGUACUACUGGUGGUGUUCUGUUGUGCGUGGGAUGCUCGAAAGCCGAAGAAAUUCCCCCCAGGACCGGCUUGGCUCCCGUUUAUAGGCAGCGGUUUGGUGGUGUUGAAGUUGGUCCGUUCCCUAAAGUACUUCCACUUAAUGUGGCAGGCUUUAGCGAGGCAGUAUGGUCCCGUUGUUGGAGUUCGCUUCGGUCAGGACCUCAUCGUGGUGGUGUCGGGUCGGGAAGCGAUCAGAGCCAUGUAUGCGAAGGAGCAGUUUGAUGGACGUCCGGAUGGGUACUUCUUUCGGAUGCGCUCGUUUGGUCAACGGCUUGGUGUUGCUUUGACCGAUGGGACACAUUGGGAGGUUCAGCGGAAGUUCACCGUUCGUACGAUGAAACAACUCGGAAUGGGACGCAAUGAGUUUGUGCGAGUGAUCGAACGUGAGGUGGAGGAGUUGAUCGCUAACUACCGGAUUCGAGUGGCCGCUGGUGAGACGUUCCCAAUGAGCGGUUCGCUGGACGUUUCGUUGCUUAAUGUGCUGUGGGUGUUGAUGGCCGGGCAACGGUUUGAUCUGGAGAACGAGCGGUUGCGGUGGCUCGCCGAAACCAUCCAUCAAACGUUUCACGUGAUCGACGUGUCCGGUGGAACGCUGAAUCGCUUUCCAUGGUUGCGGUUUGUUUGUCCGGAAAGUUCCGGUUAUGGACCGAUGCUGCGACUACUUAAACCCCUUUGGGGAUUCUUGGAGGAAACGAUCGAAUCAAUAAGGAAGAACCCGCACUGUCCGGAUCGUCGUGACAGCUUGAUCUCGUGCUUUCUUGUGGAGAUGUCUCGAGCGGAACAUCACGGUUCCUUCACAGACUCACAGCUCGUCAGUUUGUGCUUGGAUCUGUUUCAGGCCAGCAUCGAAACGAUCAGCAGUGUGCUUGGGUUUGCCUUCCAGUACAUGCUACACCAUCCGGACGUGAUGAGCAGAGUGCAGCAGGAGUUGGAUGGCGUUAUCGGUCCAGAUCGAUUACCAACGGCUAACGAUCGAGCCCGGCUGCCGUACACUGAAGCCGUGAUUCUGGAGGUAGAACGGAUCGCUACCAUCGUCCCCGGAAGUCUGGUGCAUCGAGCGAUGGAUAAUGUGGAGCUGUGUGGCUUCACCAUUCCGAAGGAUGCGAUCGUCCUGCCAAUGCUAUACUCGCUUCAGAUGGACCAAGACUAUUGGAUUGAUCCGGAUGUGUUCCGUCCGGAACGGUUUCUCAGUGUGGAAGGCGAUCGAGUGGUACAGCACGAUUUGUUCAUACCGUUUGGCGCAGGUCGUCGACGGUGUCUCGGGGAAGCGUUGGCCAAACCGGCUGUAUUUCUUUUCUUUUCCGCUAUUUUGCAUUGCUUUACGAUUGAGCCGGCUGAUAAGGAGCUACCGUCGUUGAGUGCGGUCGAUGGAAUCACUCUGUCGCCACAACCUUUUAGUCUAAGGUUCGCCGAAAGGACACGAACCGUAUGAAAGUUCGAAUACGAAUGAUAAAUAAACGAUGAGAAUGAA